GGCUCCCCGUGCUUUGUAAUCUAAUAAGGUAACAAUCGUAAAUUCCAUUGGUUAAAGCUUCCCUGUGAUGUAUAGCGUUAAAUGAUUGAUUACUUCCACAAAUGGGGGGGCGUUAUAAGGGAAAGUUAUUGUCGCCAGCUCCCAAGUAUCUGCAUGGAAACCUCAGGGGAGUUUUCUUUUAAUUUGUUUGAACAAGUUUUCUGCAUUAUCUACUUCUUUAAUCUCGGAUUCCUUUCCCAUUGUUAGUAGGGACGGGAGCGUUGCGUGACCGACACAAAGAACAGCUGAGCGGAAGACUAUCAGAGCGGCUGCAGCGGGGAAUUUCAAAAUAAAGCUUCGCGUGACGAGAAUUGCCAUGGUAACCGCAAAAAUACUUUCGCGCAUGCUCAAUGGGAUUCGAUAGCGGCUGUCGGCAGCGAAAAAACAGACUCGCGACACGGAUAAGUGUGCUGUAGAAUCAAACACGAAGAAAGCUCUGCUAGCAGGGUACCACGAGAUACUGAACUUUUAAAACAAUUGAGCAGAUGUUGUAAGCGAAGAAACAACUCACAACGUGCAUUUGAAACAACAAUAAAUAUUAGGCAAAAAGCACAAACAAACAAACAAACAAACACUAAACAAACAAACAAUUGAAAUUAAAUAAUAAGUUGUACAGGUAGCAAUUCUUCAUUCUAUUUUGAUACAUUUGCGGCCUUGCAUUCUGUACAUCCAAUUUACCCCUGUCUGAUAUUCUUACAGACCUCACGCUCGGUUUAAUAACUAUUCAAUAUAUCAGGACUUUCCGUUUAAGAAAAAAAAAAAUUGGGAACUUAUGAGAAAUGUCCGCUUUCGAGAAUAGCAAACAUGGGGUUUGAAAAGACGCGUUAUCAAUACUAUAUAUAAUGCGCUAAGGAAUGGACUGUUGACCACCUUUUACGAAAAAACGGCUGGGCUAGAAAAAUAUAAAAUAAAUUGGGGAAGCAAAACGGAGGCAUUUGUUUAAUUAAUGUUUACGACGACGCAUACUAUUCCCCUAAAGCACCAGGAAGCCCAGUACAUUGAAGGACUAAAAUAUACCCUAAUAAAAAAAGUUUUAUACAACCAAGAAUCGUGAAUCUUUCACGGGUAACCAAAUAGUACUAUAGAUUUAUAGAUUUUCCCGAAAAACACCACUUUUUUCUCAUGAAUAAAUGAAGGUACCCGUCAGAGCGGAACAAAAGAAAUUAGUGGUACCCGUCUGUGAUAUUUCUAAGGUAGCAAGGACAAAACAUCUAAAGUGAUAACGCCAAAACAAAAAUGGAACAUUAAACAUACUCAUCGAAAUUAACGACGACGAUAUCUCCAGAAAAAGGGCGACACGGACACCAGUUACUUCGUAAGACAUUCAUCUUUUUUGGCCAAGGGUAUUUGGCUAGAUUAUUGAAGAGUUGCGGCACUUAUAUGGAAAACUACUAGGUUUGAAGGCGGUAAUCAUGUUGCGCUGUGGUGUAAUGCUAUGCGCCGUUCUCCUCACAGCAGCCACAACAGAGCACAAUGCCAGCGACUUCUACAGCCCGUCAAGCUACCGGCCUUUCACGAGUACCCGAGCGCUAUACGCCGAUCGGUAUGGUAACCGUCUCCAUAGAGACGACAUCAAAAGGCCGGCAAUCGCUACCAUGAAUACAAGCUGUGUUUCCUACUCUUCAAAGUGUCAACAGGACAGAUACGGCGAAGUGCCCAAGCCAAGAGUUUUCUUUUCGUUUGAUAGCACAAAUGGUGGGAAUGUGCUGCAAAUGGUCGGAAGGUAUGUGUACGGCUUGAUGAAAGGGGAUUACCGGCUCCAGAAGAUGAGCGACGAGUGCAGAUAUGGCAUCGACCUUCGCAACGGCUUUGUCACAAUCGGACGCGAUGCGCUGAAAGAAAAACCCUACAUGAAAAAACUCAGCGUUACGAUCUGGGUGAACGUUGAUACUUUGUCUCAUGAUAAUACCAUAUAUGGAUGCAAGGGAGGCGAAGCCGGGCACGCGUUGAAGAUAGUGAAGCCCAAGGAUGACAAAAUGGGUGGAAUUAUCUGGCGGUAUAGCUCAUCAAGGAGAGAGAUCUUCUCGGUCAAGACCAAAGGAGUCAUACCAGUUGGUAAAUGGGCGCACAUAGCGGCAGUGUUUGAUGCCCAUAACGCAGCCCUUCAUAUCUAUGUAAACGGAGACGAAGUAUCAAUGGAUAAAGCAGUAAAACCUGCCGAUACCGUAUCAUGGGGGUGCACAUUUCGAUUAGGAACAAACCCUGAAGAUGAGGAGCAGAAGUUCGACGGGUCCAUGGACGAGUUUGGAAUAUAUGACGAAGCGCUGACUAGGGAACACGUUCAAGAGCUAAUGGGGCAGUGUGACUUUGGCACUGGAAACACUCCGCUGGUCCUAAGAUUCAACUUCGAAGAAGUAAAAAACGAGGUAAAAGACACUUCUAACACGGGUAAUAACGGUGCGGUCCUCGGCCGCGUCUCGAAGUACGAGUGGGCGUCAAUGGCGUGUGGACACACGGCGGAGCUCAACCAGCACGGCUAUAUCCACGUCAAGGAUCUCCACGGACGGGGCGUCAAGGGCUCGCAUGGCAUGACCGUAGCAGCCUGGGUCCAAGUCAAGCGUAAUUCCCGGAUGAACGUUAUAUACGGGACUCUAGAUAACGACCUGGAGCAUUCCCUGGCGGUUGGGUAUAAAAGCUACGUAAAUGGACCAAUCAUGUGGCAGUAUUGGAAGGAUGGAGGCUAUGUGUUCAACGUCAAGACGAAAAUGAUCGUUAGGGCAGGGUUCUGGACGCACAUAGCUGCCACAUUCAACAGUGAGACGGGAGAGGUCAACAUCUACAUGGACGGCGAGAAUGUGUAUGACGAGAAAGUCGAGAAAGACUCGGGGCCAGUCAAAUGGGGGACAUUCCUGUCCAUAGGCAACAAGCGCCUUCGACAGAAAUCGGAGAUGAGUACAGACGAUUACUUUGAGGGAGGCAUGGAUAAUUUUGAAAUCCACACGAGAGUCCUUAGUGAGCGGAAGAUCAUCAAUCUCGUCAAUAAGUGUAGCUUCAACAGAGAAGGCCCCUAUCUGUUCUUCAUUGAGGUUAAAACUGGAAAUAGGCACUUUGCAUCAACUGACGUACCCAUAUACAUCAAGUUGUUCGGUGACGAUGGGGAACUGGGUGAGCUCACAUUCCGCACGGCUGGACAGAAAGGUAUUCACAGAGCCGAGGUGUACGGACGAACCAUCGGGAAACCAAUACAGAUCAGCGUUCGUAAAGAGAAAGAGUUCCUGCCAGACAAGUGGUAUUUAGAGAAGGUAACACUGGUCCUACAAGAUCGUAAUGAAGGGCCUGUCUACACCUUUCCCUACAAUGACUGGAUUAGUAACAAAGGCGUGGUGAUCCUGGCAGAGCCACAGGUACAUGGUAGCUGGAGCACUUGGUCUUCAUGGGGUGGGUGUGGCUUCAAGCUGUGUGGAGGGGGUAAAAAAGUUCGCACGAGGUCUUGUACCGACCCGACUCCAUCAGGAGGAGGGAAAACAUGCGAAGGAAAGCCUUUUGAAGAAAUCAAUUGUCCUGUUGAUGGGGGGUGGGGUGCGUGGACCUCGUGGUCACUGUGCAGUAAAACCUGCGGGGGAGCUGUGGUGACAAGGACGAGAGAGUGCAAUAGUCCUGAGCCUAGUAAUGGCGGGAAGCCUUGCGAACCAUCUGACGCCAAGGAGACCAAGGAAGACUGCACGAAACCUUGUGAAACCGGACCACGGGACGGGGAAUGGUCUGAUUGGUCCGAAUGGUCUCACUGCUCCGUGACGUGUGGUGGUGGCGUCAUAUCGAGGUCAAGAGAAUGCACCAAUCCAGAGCCGGCACGUGGCGGCAAGACUUGUCCUGGCGAUGAUACAGAAACGGCUCAAGAUUGCCUCGAACCUUGUCCAAUUGAUGGCGGCUGGGGAGAGUGGGGGGCCUGGGCCGAGUGUAGCAAGACUUGCGGACCUGGAAAACUCAUCAGAAGGCGCAAGUGCGACAAUCCCAAGAGACGUUUCGGCGGGGAGAAAUGCGAAGGGGACAGAAAAGAUGUGAAGCCUUGUCAAAUACGCAAAUGUCCCGAUGCGGUUAAUGGUAAUUGGGGAGAUUGGGGAGAAUGGAGUGAGUGUACAGAGCAUAAGUACUGCAACAAGGGAGAUCAAGUCCGAAAAAGAAAAUGCAACAGUCCCAAGCCAAAAGAUGGAGGAGAUAAGUGCCCUGGACUGAACUCAGAAUCUAUAGAGUGUCCCAAAGAGAAUUGCAUAGAUGUCCCAAAAGAAGAUAAAUUUUCCAAAGAGAUCGAAAAAGACAGUGAACUCUACUACGCAUGCGGUGAAGGGAAAGCAUUCCGAGUCUCAAAAUCCCAAGAUGAAACAGUCCAAGUUAUCCUGAACGAUGAAAAUUUCGAAAGGAUUUUUCCAAUCCUGAAGGAAGGGUACUUUGCAGUAGAAAAUUUAAAGAAGGGCAAGAAGCUCAAGGUCUGCAUCGAGCCUGAUGAGAUGAUCACAUUUGCUGAGCUGAAGAAGAUUUAUCCUGACGCCCGUGAUCUCCCAGCUCUGCCGGACUUUCCUCUGCCUGAUGACGACUACGAGAUCCCCAUCCUGUUCUUCCAUCUUACGCUUGACAAAAAGCUCAUUUCAGGGAACUUCCUACUCGACAGUGCCGAUGAGUACUCACCCAAGGAAUUCUUGAUCGAUAAUGCGGAGUUGUAUUUUCAAGUUACGAAGGAAUUCAAGCGGUUUUACGUGCGAGGGUUCAAGACGGUGGCAAAAGUCGAGUUUGACAUGGAGGUAUCAGCGGUGAGUGACGACGAACUGGAGGCUGUCGGGACGACAGAGGAAUCCGUACCGGCAGCCCGUCUGGAGGAAGCUCUCGCCGCACCGACGCUCGAGGACAAAGAAGAAGAAAAUAUUUUUCUGACUGAUGGAGAGGGGAGCUUAGAUAACAUCGAUUGGGGAAAUAUCGACUGGGGAGAAGGGUCGGGGCUAGAGGAGGAAGAGUGGAAUUUCGAUAGCAAUUCAACAGCGCACGCAGACAGCCGUCGACCCGCAAAGCUCAUACGACCGAAGCCAUCUUUCAAAAAGAAGUCCCGUAGACCGUGUAAAGUUUUGCCAUCUAAAGACGAUGCUAUCAAGAGACGAAAGAGGAAGUUCCAGAGGAAGUUCCACAAUUACCACGAAGCUGGAGACACAUUGUGUCAAGACAAGGAAGAGAAAAGGGUUAGAGGUAUGAGCGAAACUGGCCUAGCACAAGAAGACGAAGAAAAAGAUGAGAAGAAAGAAACCGGAAUUAUAAGCUUCUUCCAGGGAGCGGAUAUUCAAGGCUAUGUAUACAAUUCCUUAAAGACGAUGGGAUUACCUCUUUUGAGUGUGAAGAACGCAUCACUGGGGAUCAACGUGCAGGAGAAUAGCACAAUAGUCAGGGCGACAGGAACCGCUAAGCCCAUUCUAGGCUUUGAAGCAGCCAUACAUUUUGAGAUAGUAAAGAAAGGGAUAUUUGCUGUUGGUAUCACGGUGGAUAGAGCUCAAGUUGGCGCACUUACCAAAAAGCUCUUCAAGAGGGAGAUAAACAUUUUCGGAAAGCUACGAGACCCAGCAAUCGGUUUCGCGUUUGCGCAAGAAGGGUUUAAGCUCACUGAUGCCACGCACUUCACACGGGACCCCCUUAAGUCAAUGCUAGGUAUGGAGGUUACCAACAGCUUCGUGAUAGCCAUUAGCGCUAAGCUCCCAGAUGACUGCGGUACGGACGUCCUGUGUAAAUGCGCUGUCAAGCUAUUCGGCGAGAAUACUCACAUUGAGUUCAUGGCAAAUAUAUGGUCGUCAAAGAUUAAGGUACUGGGCCGCGUGACCAAGCGGAAUGAGGGGUCUAACAAGGGCAAGUUUAGGCUCAGCAAGAUUGAACUAUUUAUGGAGAUAACAUACAAGCUGACCUCCCCUCCGGUAUUUGGCUUCACGGUAGAGCUCGCCAUCCCUGUCGAGGGCAACACGUACCGUGAUGGCCGCGUGGAGCGUAAAGGCGAGUUGUACGUGGGCGGGACCCUUAAGCUCUCUGGACUCGGCUCACUUACAGGAGAAGUCUACAUGGAUGGCAAGUGGGAAAGUGUGUUUGGGAUCUCAUUCAUAUCCAUCAGUGACAUUAAAAUAGGAGUGACUAUUCUACUAGCUGACGGGAUUCCACAAGCCUUGGAAAUCAAGGGCCGCUUGGAGCUGGGCACUAAUUGCUAUGGAUCUAAGGCAUUUGACAAAGAUGGGCAGUGCUUGGGAGCGGGAGUGAUCGCUGGAGUAAACGUUAAUCCACUCAAAGACUAUUUCUUUGCCGAGUUUUCUGCUCUAACUGUUGGCAAGAUUUUCAGGAUGCUUGGAUCGAAGUUGCAAAUACCUAAAGUGGUGGCGGACAGCGGCUUUCCAGAGGGAGCUGUUAUCUGGGCGUCUUCCACAAAUCAGGACGUCAAGUAUAAUGGUGCAAUAAAGAAUUUAAGACGCGGAAUAUACUUCAAGGGAAUGGUCAACAUCUUGGGGUUUACCCCAAAACUGGAAAUCGGGAUAACUGAAGAGGCAAUCUUCUUUGAUGCUGAACUAGAUCCAGUCAGGUUUGCCGGAGGAAUCCACAUCUUACGGUCACUAAAGGACAUGAAGCAGGGACCAAAGAUCGUAGUCAACGCAACUCGUAAACCGCUGCAAGCGCAGGUAUACAUUCAUGGGGCUCUCAAGAUCUUUGGCGCUGAGACGGAAACCAAGUUCAACCUGACGAUGGAGCAGAUCGAAGCGGAUUUCUACUUGAACCUGUUCUCAUACCUUAAGACCCGUGUGCGCCUAUCGGCCGGGUACGGGCGAAGUCUUUCGAGUACGGGCGUGGAGGCAAGUGUUGAUAUCAAAUCUGAUAUCCAGGAACUAAUGAAGAAUGCCACGGAAUACCUGACAGGGAAACUGGAGUUUGCCCGUAAGAGAAUAGAGGAUGCUAAAGGCAGGAUUAAAGACGCGAAGCAGACUUGUAUGAAGAAAGCCGCGGGUGCUUGUGAUGUGUGCGAGCAAAUAACAAAGAGUCAAAUACAAGAGGAGUGUAGGGUAGCUAUGGAUCAGUUCAAGCAUUUCCUUGGGGCUUCUGUCGACAAGUUUGGCGCUAAGGUGAGAGCAAUAGGCAGGCAAGUUAAAGCCGCGUUCUUACGCUCAAGAGCAAAGAGGUACAUUGACUUACUGCGAAGGAAAGGAGGUGGUGCGACACUCGUCAGAAGGAGACGCUUCAUCAGUAAACUCAUCUGUGAUAAGUUCCUUGGGAAAGUCCUCAGCAUAUCCCAAGAUCUUUGCGAAGGGACCUGUAGCAUAGCGGGCCACAUCACGAAGGGCGUGUGCCAUAGCUUGGACUUGGCGCACGGUGCUCUGUACGCGAUCGAGCGUUCGGCUUACUGGGUGCAGCAAGCGCUUCCACACAUCACAAAGAACCUCCUAUACAUUCAUCGCCUGUCAUUUUACAUCAAAGCUUCGCCCAGUAUCGACUCCAGGGUCAACGGGUCUGCUGAUGUUACGAUAUUCCAGGCGCGACGUGAAUUCGACUUUGAGAUCAAUUUGGAGGACAUCCUCGAGAACGCCAUGAGGCUCGGUAAAAGGGCACUGGAAUACUUUAUGGAAUUGUUCAGUAAGAGGUUUUCCAAGCCCAGCUAUGACCUACCAAGUGGAAAAUCAGACUUUUUAUUAUCGGGGGAGAUAAAGCUGAUGAGUAUUGAGAGCCGCAAAUGUGUCGGAAUCAAGGAGGCGACCAGUGCUUACGCGGCAAGGAGCAAGACGCCCAUACUUCAACCCUGCGAGCAAUCAUCCACGGGAUGGGCGUUCACCCUUACCGGGGCACUUAUGCAUCUGAAUACUGGCGAGUGCCUCACAUUCGACGAGUCCAUCGAGAGUAUAGAGCUCGCCAAAUGCAAGGUGAACGCCAAAAGUCAGAAGUUCAUAUGCAAUGGGAAACGCGUCAUGCCUAGAAAAGACAAGACCUUAUGCCUUACAGAAACAGUAAAAGAAGAUAUCGAUGACGUCUCGAGUAUUCAUCUUGAUGCAUGCGAUGAUGAGGAUGAGGAGAUCUCUGAUCGCCAAAGCUGGAGCAUCGAAGGAGACCCCGCUCAAAGAAGCCUUUGCGACAGAUUUGUUCCAGAUAUUGCGUUCAACAAGCCAUCAGAACAAUCGAGCAUAGCAAGCAUAGCGUUAAAGGAAGGCGCUACCCCGACCGCCAUGACCGCUGACCGGGCUGUGGAUGGUGACAUGUCCUCGUCGUUGAGUGAGGGCUCGUGUAUAGCCACCCAGUCAGAGACGGAUCCCUGGUGGCGAGUGGACUUACAGCGCGAGUACAUCGUUACAGAUGUCAGUAUUGCAGAGGAAGAGAGGUCGAUGCUGACGCUCGUCGAGACCCGGGUAGGGAUGGAGCGGGCCAAGUUCAACACCAACCCGAUGUGCGGUGACCGGCUCAGACAGGUCAAGAGAGGCGAGACGUGGACAUCGCAAUGCUCGCCUCCUCUCGCGGGAAGAUAUGUGUCGAUACAGAAAAUCGGCGACGGUGUCCUCAGUAUCUGUGAAGUCGCAGUGUUCGCCAGACAAGCGUGUUUUUCGGAAGAUGACGGGCGCUGCUCGGCGAACACGGAGGACGAUGUGAUCGCAAGUACGGCAUCCAAGUGAUCCUCAAUGCUCCAGAUGCUCCAAGCCUUGCCUAUCCCAUUGUAGAUGGGCAUCUGUGAACGAGCCAACCACAAGGGGUUUACCCCUGAUAAUUUCUGUCGAGUCUUAUACCAUGUCAGGGCGGAUCCAAGAUUUUUCGAAUGGGUGGGGGUCACUAUUCCGAAGGGGGAGGCCCCAAUAUAUAAAUUGGAAAAAGAUGAAUAUGUGGAUCUCUUCCCCUACAUUUUCUGUCAGAAGGAGGAUUUUAUUGGUAAACGGUCAUUUAUUACACACCUAACAGGCCUGUCGAGGGGUAACCUGAGUAUCAGGCCCUCCUAUGUUUCUAUCGCACCGGCUAGAAACAAGACAAGGGCCUGAUACAAGUACUGUUCAAAUCGCAUGUUCUCAUGCCGGAUUCCGGCAUGGCUCCAGAUUGGUCGAAAAAACUAAGGAUACUCGAAUGGGACGCGCUGAUUGGUUCAGCUAUAUAUAGUGCCCUAACCCGUCGACUGCUCGUUCUCAGAGUAAUGGCGGACAUCAAAAGUGCUUUUGACCUUGCGUUAGCAGAAUCAGAGAAAUCGUUUUCUAUAACAUUAAUUAACAUUUUCUUCGGAAAAAUCCCGCCUGAUACUCAGGUUACAUGUUCAAAUGUUUUGCCCAGGCCGUUCAUUGCGUAUGUUUAUUUCUCAUUGGUAUCCGUUUUCGAAGCGAAGAUCUACUAGUUAUAUCAAAGGCACUGGAUGUCAUAGAAGUUGCUUAAUUCUACGGUCAUUAUUAGUAGUAGCUAUCAAAUUUUUAGACAUGACCAGGCGCCGAAUAUUCGAGAAAUUUGUCUGUGAGAGCACGAAGAUUGUUUGCGGCACUUCCCGCGACUUGUGAGCUUAUCAAAUAAUGGCAUUUGUGUUCAAGCAGCGGUUUGUCUAUUUAGACGAAAACGCCUGUAGUAAAUUGGUGAUGUGAAUAUCCGGUAGUAAUUUAGUGGUGUGGAUCUGCAGUCAUAUACUUAAAUCGUAAAUCUCCUGAGCCGUGAACUAUCUUUGCGUUUCAAAUCAUUAAGCGAACCGGAGUUCGUCGUUACUUAAAUUAUUACCCUUGCAUAUAACACCAAUGUAGUUUUGUUUUACAUAAAUGCUGUUUAUAAUUUGAUUUGGGCAUUUGAUUGUGCCACGACGCGAGUCGUUGGAAAAUUGACAGCCGACGUAUUUUGACAGUGGCCUGAAAAGGGGCGGCAGGCUUUGAGUCUAGUAUUUGUGUCAGGCGUACUUUUAUUUUUCCUCUCCGAAUUUUGAAAAAUAAAAUCGCCUGAUACUCAGGCUAGUCGAGGGGUUAAAUAAACAUAGAUUAAAGAGAAUGAAAUUAAUGUAAUAAAAAUUUAUCAGUAAAAACAAGACUGCA